GUCAGGUCACACAUGGAAGAACAAAGCAACGGUUCGUCAGUUCCAGUCCCUGAAUUCCUCCUCAUCUGCUUCCCUAAUUACCAGAGCAGGCAGCACUGGCUGUCUCUGCCACUCAGCCUUCUCUUCCUCCUGGCCAUGGGGGCCAAUGUCACACUCCUCAUCACCAUCAGGCUGGAGGCCUCUCUACAUGAGCCCAUGUACUACCUGCUCAGCCUCCUCUCCAUGCUGGACAUUGUGCUCUGCCUCACUGUCAUCCCCAAGGUCUUGGCUAUCUUCUGGUUUGAUGACAGAUACAUGAACUUCUCUGCCUGCUUCCUCCAGAUGUUCAUCAUGAACAGUUUUCUAACAAUGGAGUCCUGUACAUUCAUGGUCAUGGCCUAUGACCGCUAUGUGGCCAUUUGCAAGCCUCUGCGGUACCCAUCCAUCAUCACUGAUCAGUUUGUGGCCAGGGCUGCCAUCUUUGUUGCAGCCAGAAAUGGGCUUCUUACUAUGCCUAUCCCCAUUCUUUCUUCCCAACUGAGGUACUGUUCAAGAAUUAUCAAGAACUGCAUCUGCACUAACAUGUCUGUGUCCAAGCUCUCUUGUGAUGACAUCACCUUCAAUAAACUGUACCAGUUUGUCAUAGGUUGGACCCUGCUGGGCUCUGACCUCAUCCUCAUUAUUCUUUCUUAUUCCUUCAUCCUGAAAGCUGUGGCAAGGAUCAAGGCUGAGGGAGCUGUGGCCAAGGCCCUGAGCACGUGUGGUUCCCACUUCAUCCUCAUCCUCUUCUUCAGCACAGUGCUGCUGGUGUUGGUCAUCACUAACCUGGCCAGGGAUAGGAUCCCCCCAGACGUCCCCAUCCUGCUGAACAUCCUGCAUCAUCUCAUCCCCCCAGCACUGAACCCCAUUGUUUAUGGAGUGAGAACCAAAGAAAUCAAGCAGGGAAUUCAGAACCUGCUGAGAAGGUUCUAA